AUGGCCAAGAACUCCACAUAUUGGGCAAUACGACGGUGUGGUCCAUGGCGCUUACCCACUGCCAUUACAACAGAGCAAGCUGCAGCUAUCCAGCAGGAGUAUAUUACAACACAGGAGGCUUCACCAGUGCAUGCACAGGUGCCAACUUACAGACUGUCUCAACAGCCCAAUUCUGACAAAAAGCGACCCUAUGUGGAUGAUUAUUCCAGCCUCACAUUAUGCUGGUAUUGGAAAAAAACAGAAGCAGAGGACUUAAAAGACUCCAAGUGCCUCACAGAACUACUGCUGAGAGAAAACGGAGGCAGAGGGGAAAACCCCGCAGUUGGGCCGUUAGAACGAGACGCUUGGGACGGCGUUCCCCUGCAGCCUGCCCUGUCAAGAGUCCCUGAGGAACCUGGCAAGGCGCAGUCCCGGCCUCGGGAGGUGCUCGGCCACCCGGUCCGCAGCGGAAGACCACGGGGCCCGGGCGCAUCUUGGCUGUGGGGCUGUCGGGGCCUCGCUGGGCUGCAAGGGAGAAUUCUUUUUAAUAGUCGGACGCAAAAUGAAGGUCAUCCAAAAUGGUUCGUUCUGGGUGUUGGACAAGUCAUAAAAGGGUUAGAUAUUGGUAUGAUGAAUAUGUGUCCUGGAGAAAAACGGAAAGUGAUCAUUCCUCCAUCGUUAGCAUAUGGACAGCAAGGAUAUGCACAGGGCAAGAUUCCACCCAAUGCAACACUGAUCUUUGAGAUUGAACUUUAUGCAGUAAAUAAGGGACCCCGCAGUGUUGAAGCAUUUAAUCAAAUAGACAAGGACAGUGACAAGAAACUCUCUGAACUUGAGAUAAGCCAGUAUUUGAAAGAAGAAUUUGCAAGAGAUGGCAAACAACGUCAUCCCUCAGUCCAUGAUGAAAUCUUAGCUGAUAUAUUUAAGAAGAAUGACCAUGAUGGAGAUGGUUUCAUAUCAGCAAAGGAGUACAAUGUCUACCAGCAUGAUGAACUCUAAGUAAUUAAAAAAAUCUUUGGCUGGUUUCUGGACACUGAAUUUUAAAUAAUAAUGCUUUGUCACAGAAUUUUUUGUAAUUUUUUUAUAGUGGCAUCUUUUUAUAUCUCUUAAGGUGACUGUAAAAAUGUCAUUUUUAACAUUUAACUAAUAAAAUGUGUUAGAUAUUUCAAAAGAAAGAAAUAAAAUUGGAAAACA